ACAUUGGAUUUUAACAGUGAUGGGUUGGUGUACAGUGUUUAUUUCAGGGAAAUGGAUCAGAGUGAAAAUCCAGACGUCCUGAUUUUAUAACCUGCUGGUCGCAGAACGAUGCAGAAGGCACGAUCAAGGCAGCUUUCCAGGGCGACUUUUAGCGUGUUUUCUUGGAAGCUAUUCCAUGGCGGCUUGUACCAUUGAUCGAUUCCUCUGACUACAUGCAUCUAACAGCCAGCGCUAGUCCGCAUCCAAGAGGAAAUUUUGGAUUUGGCGGAAGGUGGGGUACGGCGAAUAGCCCGCUCAUUUUGUGAUCAUGUCACAGAGGGACGAACAAUACGUAGGGCCGUUUCGGUUAGAGAAAACAUUGGGAAAAGGACAAACUGGUCUUGUGAAACUAGGGAUACACUGUGCCAAAGGGAACAAAGUGGCCAUAAAGAUUGUCAACAGGGAGAAGCUGAGUGAGUCUGUUCUCAUGAAGGUCGAGAGAGAAAUAGCCAUAAUGAAGCUGAUUGAACAUCCUCAUGUACUUGGGCUCUAUGAUGUCUAUGAAAAUAAAAAAUAUUUGUAUUUAGUAUUAGAACAUGUGUCAGGAGGAGAGCUCUUUGACUACCUGGUAAAGAAAGGCCGACUGACGCCUAAAGAAGCCAGGCGUUUUUUCAGACAGAUCAUCUCAGCUCUGGACUUCUGUCACAGCCACAAUAUAUGUCACAGGGACCUUAAACCAGAGAACCUAUUGUUAGAUGAGAAGAAUAAUAUCCGAGUGGCCGACUUUGGAAUGGCCUCUUUACAGGUGGAGGGCUCUAUGCUGGAAACCAGCUGCGGGUCUCCCCAUUAUGCCUGCCCAGAGGUCAUUCGGGGCGAAAAAUAUGAUGGUAGAAAGGCUGAUGUAUGGAGCUGUGGUGUUAUUCUGUAUGCAUUAUUAGUGGGGGCGCUUCCAUUUGAUGAUGAUAACCUGAGGCAGCUUUUGGAGAAGGUGAAGAAAGGCGUAUUUCACAUUCCUCAUUUUGUGCCGCCGGAUUGUCAGGAUUUACUGAGGGGAAUGAUUGAGGUAGAUCCCGAGAAAAGAUUAACAUUAGAGGAAAUUCACCGGCACCCCUGGGUUAUUGCGGAUGUACUGGUGGAUGUUGAGUUAGAAUUGCCCGUGGCAGAAGUAGUUCAGACGUCAAUCAUACCAACAGUAGAGGACUUGGAUCCGGAUGUUUUGUCCACAAUGAAUUCUUUACAAUGCUUCAAAGACAAAGAUAAGCUGGUACAAGAACUUUUAAAUACAAAGCAUAAUACAGAAAAAGUGGUAUAUUUCCUAUUACUGGACAGAAAGUUACGAAAUCCAAGUAUAGAAGAUGAUGUAGAAAUCAAAUCAAAAACAGAAUCUGCUGAUCCUCCUAGGAAGAGAGUGGAUGCUGUACAGCUGAAUGGCCAACCCAGAUUAUCAUUGGGCAGUAUCAGUGAGGGUUCACCUGUUGCAUCAAGACGAGCGCUCGCUAUACAGCAAGUAAGGAAAGCAAGUCUGACCACAGGAAGCCCUAUCUCCUCACCAUUAACAAGUCCAAAGUUAUCCCCAAGGGGCAGCACCCCAUCUAAGAGCCCCUCACCAACGCCCCCCAGCUCCCCAGGCAUACAGGCACCUCCAUGGAAGACGAGGCUCCACACGAUCAAAAACAGCAUUAUGGGCUCGCCGCGUUUCCACAGGCGCAAGAUGCAAGUGCCCAGUGGGGAGGAGGUGACCUUCACACCCGAGUCUUCGCCAGAGUUGACAAAGAAGUCCUGGUUUGGAGCUUUAAUGGGAGAUCGGGAUGAGCAUCAUUUUGUGAUGGUCCGAGACAAGCCUUUGAGUCAGGUCAAGGCUGACCUUGUUCAUGCAUUCCUAUGUACAUCAGAUUUAAGCCACAGUGUUGUAUCAACAACGUCGUUCCGGGCGGAGUACCGGCGGUCAGGGGGAUCCUCCUUGUUUUCUCGUAAUGUCCGUUUUCAGGUGGACAUUGCGUUGGCCCCCGGGGACCAAGGCAGGGAGAUGUACUGUCUCAAUUUCACUCUCAUAUCAGGCCCAGCUCGCCGCUUUAAGAGAGUUUGUGAACAUAUCCAAUCUCUGACGCUGUCAUCAAGGGGAGAGAACCAGCGAAAGAUCAGCUCAGAGAGUUCAGCGUCAUCCUAUUCCACAUCGUCAUACUCCUCUGCCUGUGAAUACCCCUCGCCCACACACUGCCUCACAGCCAAGGAGAACUCCGAGGGGGAUGAUGUUUUUGAUCGUAAAACACUAACACCAACCCGCAGUCGGGACACAUCUCGCUCUUCCAUGAACGGACGAAGGAUAGCAUCUGAACAAAAUGCCAGGCGGGACAAAGUUUGAUACAAGAUAGCCUGUUCUGCUGUCUGUCUAAUCGUCUCUACACCUCUUUAGGGUCCAUGAGUGUGGAGGCUUUCCAGUAUGUGAGGAAGGAAACUCUGCUUUCCAGUGAUAGAGUCAUGUUAUGAUUGUGGACAUAAAGGACAUGUACAAAAUGAAUGCAGUAUAUAUAUGAUGGAAGCAGGACUCUACAUGCAGUCCACAGACAAUACACAUUCUGUAACUUGCCAGAAGCUCUAGUUUUUCACAGUGUAGUGUUGUGCACUUGGUGUUGCCAGUCAUCAUCUGGGACGCCAGUCGUCAUCUAGGGUGCCAGUCCCUGUUGUUUAUGAAACUCUGGGUGUGGCAGCAAAAUGUGUGAAAAUGUACAGCCUGGGAAUCACAAGUAUCUGGAUCACGGAGCUUUGUUGGGAGGGACAAUACAACUGGCAUUCACUGUGGCGAGAUUUGAGGUGUAGUGUGCUGUCCUGUAUGAUACUGUUCAACUUAAAGGCUGAGGAAACAAGAUUGUAGGGUAGACGAGAUGAGGAACAAAUCUAGCCUUCAACUGAUCUAAUUAACUUAUUACGAUGAAGUGUUAAUAUCAAGGGCAUGUUCAUGUCAUUAUUUCAUACAGAAGUCUGCAUAGUUCUGGGUUCUUUAAGUCUGACAUAUUACACUCAUGAGAAGAAUCUCCAGUACAAUUUGCUUAUAGAAUAGCUUACAUGUACUAUCGACAUAAUAAUGACAAUCUAGGCCUGUUAGCUGAUUCUGUGUUAACAAAACAGGCUGGUAUCAGGUAUCAGUGUCGCAGUCUUAGUGCUGUAUUUUAAAAAUUUGUUAAAGCCUUAAUGAAUUCAUUUUAUGAUUGUAAACUUAAGUUUCAUUAAAGUGAGGUACAUUGUAGACAAUGAGAAUCCUGUAUCUAUCAGUUUUUGAUAUCAUUUUUAUGGAUUUAAUCUGAACCUUUUCUCUCACACCUUUUUGUCUGAGGAGAGUCUUUUACACAGAUCUGCACUCAGUGCUCACUGCAGAU